UUUUUUUUUUUUUUUAAUUAAUUAAUAUAAUGACUACAAAUGCAACAGAUCGACACCCUUUUCUUUCAAAUGUACCCUUUAAAGAUGAAACACCUUUACCAGAUGAUAUACCAAAAGUAGAGGAAGUUGGGGCAACUUCGGCCCCUUUAAAAUCCGCUUCUUUUUUUAUUGGUGCUUAUUGUAAGGAUUUUAAUGAUGAUUUUAUGCUUUGUAAAAAUGAAAAUAAUGAUCCAAAACAUUGUUUAAAGGAAGGUAGAAAAGUUACAAGAUGUACUAUUGAAUUGCUUCGUAAAUUACGUGAAAACUGUGGUAAAGAAUUUGAUGCUCAUUGGCAAUGUUUAGAUAGAAGUAAUCAAGAAUAUCAUCAAUGUAGACCACAAGAAAGAACAUUUAAUACUUGUGUUUUUAACGCGUUGAAUUUGGAAAAAAUUAUUCCUGGAACUCCUCAAGGAAAACCUCCAAUUCAUCUUAAAGAAAAACCUGUUUUUAAAUAAAAAAAAAAACCAAAAAGAUAACUUAUAGUUUAAUUUAUGCACAGGGACUAAAUUGUAAAUUUAAGAGUAUUUUUUUUUUUUAUUUACUUUAUAUAUAUAUAUUUAUAUAAUUUUUAUCCUUUAACUUUAAUUUUACAACUGAAAUGAAAAAUGAAAAAGGAAAAAAUUAUUUUUUUU